GUCAAAUGUAAAUAUUAUGUCAAAGAUAAUCUGAAGAGGUGGCUCACAGAAAUUGACUGAAAUGGAGAAACUUUACGUGGAAGAGAAGGCAUCACUGGAAGAGAACCAAACCUGCACAAACCCAGGCGGACAUGAAGAUAAAACCUCAGUUGGUCCCAGCGAUGGACAGCAGGUUCAGCCCAACCAGAGGCUGCAGAAAAAACACCGUUGUGACAAGUGUCUGAAACAUUUCAGACUGAAGGCUUAUCUCAAAAUUCAUCAACGCAUUCACACUGGAGAGAAGCGCUAUUUUUGUGACCAGUGUGGAAAAACUUUCAUCCACAACAGUAAUUUUAACAUUCAUCUGCGAAUCCACACUGGCGAAAAGCCUUAUAGCUGCAGUCAGUGUGAGAAGAGAUUCCAGUCUUCUUCACAUCUGAAGAGUCAUCAGCGAAUCCACACUGGUGUAAAGCCUUAUAGCUGCAGUCAGUGUGAGAAGAGAUUCAGACAACGGUCAACGCUGCAGAGUCAUCAGCGAAUCCACACUGGUGAAAAACCUUAUAGCUGCAGUCGGUGUGAGAAGAGAUUCAAACGAUCCUCAGAUCUGAAUAGACAUCGGCUAAUCCACACUGGUGAAAAACCUUAUGGCUGCAGUCAGUGUGAGAUGAGAUUCAUACGAUCCUCACAACUGAAGAGUCAUCAGCGAAUCCACACUGGUGAAAAACCUUAUAGCUGCAAUCAGUGUGAGAAGAGAUUCAAAUCUUCUUCACAUCUAAAGAGUCAUCAGCGAAUCCACACUGAUGAAAAGCCUUAUAGCUGCAGUCAGUGUGAGAAGCGAUUCAAACGAUCCUCAGAUCUGAAGAGUCAUCAGCAAAUCCACACUGGUAAAAAGCCUUAUAGGUGCAGUCAGUGUGAGAAGAGAUUCAAACGAUCCUCAGAUCUGAAGAGUCAUCAGCGAAUCCACACUGGAUAAAAAGCCUGAUCUACGUUUGGCUUGUGUGAAUGGUAAUAAUAAAGAGCAAUAAAUGUUAAAAUAAACCAGAUUAAGAACCUCCCUACUCACUGGAGACUUUCUCUGUGAGCCAGAGGAACGGUUGGUUGUAAAAAUAUUAGGCUAUAUA